CCACGGGUUUUCUGGACGACUUUGAAGUUUCUCGAAUCUAGGUUCUCCAGAGUUUUUUCAAGGGUUGUAGUUAAGAGAAAUCAACUCUUUGUUUGGAAGAGAACUCAUCAUCCGCCAUUGACAUCGCCAUUAUGAAGUUCCCUGGGAUUUGGGUUUUCUUCUUUGUGGUCGGGGCAGCGUUGGUUGCCUUUACCUUCCUCAGCAGCUCCUCCAUUUCUGGUAUGGAGUUUUUGCAACAUGGUGACGGUACAAGGGUGACUGGAACAAGUAGGAAGCUGAAGGGGAUUGGGGAUAGUACAAGCAAGGAAAAGCAGAGGAAUGUGGAUAUGGAAGAUUACGAUCCCAUUGAUCCAGUUCCACGCUCAAAGGCAUCUAUAAAACCUGGCCCUAUUGAGCAUGGUAGUCCUCUUAUUCCAUAUAUUCCAAAACCCUCACCUCCCGGUAAUCCCAAGAUUGGGGGUUCCACUUAGCCAUCUGAAAGUUGAUUCUGUCAUUUAAAGAAUGUGGCUACGAAAUCUGUAUCGUCUAAUAUUUUAACCAGCUGUGUUUUCGAAUCCUGUCCACUCAAUAACUUCAAGUUGCCUAUGUAAACAGCUUAUUGUGUUUGUGUAUUGAUCGUCUGUUCGGUACUGGCCUUGUAUUGUUAGUCAUUUCUAUUUUAGUG